AUGUUUUACAACCUCAAACUCUAUCAAAAUCCACAUCUACAAACAACGUCAAUUUUGUCUGAUGAUAAUAGAGAAGAAGGCCAAUCGCCUUCCCUUUCUUUGGACAGCGAUUUUCUUUUGCGAGAAAAGAACUCAACAACAGCAUCAUCAGUCGAAAAUGAUGAAGUUCAAUCGCAAACAACAGAUUGUACAAGUAAUUCAAUUGCUAAUGCCUCAACACAUUUGCCUUUAGAAGCUAGUGGAGGUACGGGGGCGUUGUUGGACUUGUCUCGAUUUAAAACUGAAAAAGUUAUUGGAAGGACAGUUCCAUGUUUUCCACAUUCAUCAGAUUCUGACUGUGAAUGUGACGAUACUGCUAAUAAUAAUCGACAGACCAAAAAAACUUUGUUGUCAUCAUCAGAGAAACAACAACAAAGUUUAUUUUUAUCUUCUCUGCCUUCUGCUCAAUUACAAUCUACUCUAAAUUCUUUAAAUUCGUCUUCUCUAAUUUCAUCAGCAUCUUCUCCUUCACCAAAACUUUCUUCAUUAAUUAUUCCAGAAAAUAACAAAAAAGAAGAAAAAUCACAACAAAUUAUUUCAACAAAAUUAGAAGAAGAAAAUUCUCAUAAAAAUUCUCCUCCCCAAACCAAUAAUUUUUGUUUAUCAACAACAUUUAAAGAAGAAAAUCUUGCCAAUAUUUCUAUUAGUGAUAAAACACUUACUGAAGAUAUAAACAUUAAAGUUGAAUUAUCUACACGUCAAAAUCUUUCUUUAUUUUUGGCUUCGUCUUCUUCUCCUUCACCUCCUCUGUUAGUGAAGGAUGGAAGUUUAGACAGUCAACAACAAUUAAAACCUAGCGAAUAUGAGUUAUCAACCAUUCGCGGACUUUUAAGUCUUGAUGAAUAUUCAAAAACUCAUCUAUUUUGUGUACUUUUGCAUAGACCAGUUGGACUUGAUGAAGUUAGUGUCGGUCUUUUACUAUCUGAAAGGCCUCUUGUUCGUUCUACGCCAGAAAGAAAUUCUUUAAAUUAUGCUAUUGAAAUUAGUAAAGUAACUUGUGGUUCUAUUGCUGAGAAAAAUGGGUAUUUAAUGCAAGGCGAUAGGGUUUUCUUUAUUCAACAUGAGUCAACUGAGAAUAUGCGCGUAAAAGAAGCUAGAACAUUAUUACGUUCACGAGCCCCGUCAGUUCAUUUAAUUGUUGGACGCCGUCAAGGAUUAUUAUAUCAACAACAACACAAUAUUACCAAUUGUUUAACUAAUUCGUCUACAAGUGGUAGUAGAACAGCGUUAAGUGCUUCAAGUACUUCUAGUUUAACUGCUCUUUCUGAAUAUCAGGAAGAUCAUCAAUCUUCUAUUUUUUUGACUGAUCCAGCAUUGGAGAGAUAUGCUCCAGACUCUAUUCUUGUUACUUUACCUAAAUCUGAACUUAUUAUGGGUUUAUCACUUGAUGGUGGUUUAAGCUCGCGUUUUGGCGAUCGUCCAAUUUUUGUCAAGAGAGUUUUUGCUGCAGGAGAAGCAGCUCUAGAAGGUAGAAUUUCUCCAGGCGAUGAAAUUCGAAGGAUUGACUCAACUAAUUUAAAUAAUUUUACCCGUUUUGAGGCCUUAAAAUUGAUAAGAGGAUUGUCUGAUGGACCUGUACAAUUGGAAGUUUAUAAAAGAAUUUGUUGA